UGACGGUCGGAGCUCGUAGGCGCUGCAGGGACAACCGUCAGUCUAACCCGCCGUGCAGAAAGCGACCACGCCGGCCAACCGAAAAGAUGUCUUACACCACGGUUCCUCAGUCUUCAUACAAAAAGUGGUUCGGCGGCGACAGGCCGGCCAGGCUGUCCUUCUCGAGCCGGCAGUACCCCGGCACGGUGCGCUCCUCCCGCGUGUCCUUCUCCACGUCCUCCUCCGCCGCCCCCGUCGUGCAGUCCUCCGCCAGGAGCCACCGGCUCCGCAGCAGCGCCUCCGCGAGGCGAGGACCCGCCGCGGAGAACCUGGACUUCUCCUUGUCCGAAGCCAUCAACAGCGAGUUCAAAACCAACCGCACCAACGAAAAGGCGCAGAUGCAGUCCCUCAACGACCGCUUCGCCUGCUACAUCGACAAGGUGCGCUUCGUGGAGCAGCAGAACAAGAUCCUGCAGGCGGAGCUGGAGCAGCUGCGGGGCAAAGGGGGCACGUCCCGCGUCGGGGACCUCUACGAGGAGGAGAUGCGCGACCUGAGGCGCCAGGUGGACCAGCUCACCAACGACAGAGCCCGGGUGGAGAUCCACCGGGACAACCUCGCCGACGACACCGAGAGGCUGAGGGAGAAGUUGCAGGAGGAGAUAGCCCUGCGGGAGGAAGCUGAGGCACACAUGCAGAGCUUCAAACAGGACGUGGACAACGCCGCCCUUGCCAGACUGGACCUGGAGAGGAAGGUUGAGUCCCUCCAGGAAGAAAUCAACUUCCUCAAGAAGCUGCAUGAAGAGGAGAUGUUGGAAAUGCAGAACCAGGUCCAGGAGCAGCAUGUGCAGGUGGAUCUGGAUGCGGCUAAACCCGACCUGACAGCUGCUCUGAGGGACGUCCGUCUGCAGUACGAAACCCUGGCUACCAAGAACAUUCAGGAGUCCGAGGAAUGGUACAAGUCCAAGUAUGCUGACCUCACCGAGGCCGCUGCCCGAAAUAAUGAGGCUUUGAGAGUAGCUAAACAGGAAGCCACUGACUACAGGCGUCAGGUUCAGGCACUCACUUGUGAAGUGGACACCCUCAAAGGAAGUAAUGAGUCCUGGGAACGUCAGAUGAGGGAGAUGGAGGAGAACUUCUCCAUGGAGACAUCCAAUUACCAGGACACAAUAGCCAGUAUGGAGGAGGACAUCCGCAACAUGAAGGACGAGAUGGCCCGUCACCUCCGGGAGUAUCAGGACCUCCUUAAUGUCAAGAUGGCCUUGGACAUAGAGAUUGCUACGUACAGGAAGCUUCUGGAAGGAGAGGAGAGCAGAAUCUCAUCUCCAAUGCCAAACUUCUCAUCUCUAAACCUGAGAGAAACCAUGAUUGACUCCAGACCUCAAAUUGAUUCCACAACAACCAAGAAGGUUCUCAUCAAGACCAUAGAGACUGUGGACGGUGAGGUGAUCAACGAAUCGACCCAGGACAACGAGGAGAUGGAGUAAUGUCUUUGUCCUAGAUGUCGAAUGACCAGCUAUAGCAAUAUGGAAAAAUGCAUUUCCCAUGGGCUAACAGCAAGCAAACAAGCAAGCCGCGAAACAUAAAAAAGCAAAGUGCUUCUGAAAGUGCCUUUCUAUGUGACGAUACAGUUAGUUUGUUACUUGAGACAAAAUGUAUCUUGGUUUAUUUUCUAGUUGAAACAUUUAUUUCUUGUCACAUUUGUUUAGAAAGAAAGUGAUCAAAGCAAUAGAAAUACAUAUUGAGGUCUGUGAAAGCAUUUCUUUGUAAAGUUAAUCAGUGUGCACACUCCAGAAACCAAUGCCCCUUAAGUUGUCGCCACCGCAUAGAAGCAGCAAUAAAAAGUUUGGACCCCAA